AUGGCCAUCCACCCUUCCGACACUACUCGCGCACACUCUGGGUACGACCCCGCAGAGCUGAAGAAGCAGGUUGAAGUAGUCGAGCGCGAAUGGUGGUACACGGAGAACGUCGCCGACGACCUUCCAAAACUCACCUGGACAUUUGAGGACGCGAGUGCGCAGCACGCAGGGGGAGUGGAGACAUGGACAUCUGAGGCGGUCGAGGGCUCCCCGCAAGAGACGUUCGACCGCAUCUUCCGGCGUUUUCGCGUUCAAGCGAACAAGAAGUACCGUCACCCGUUCAAGCCCGCGCUCAACUUCGAUAUCAUCCGCGACCCAGGCGCUCGAGCCGAAGCCAACGACGAACCGGGUGAAGACGCGUUGAAACCGCUCCCCAUCGCGUUCCACGACGCGUCAAAGUACACCGGCCAGCAGAUCCUCGACCUUUUCGGCGGGAGCACCACGCUCACGUACGUUCGCCACGACGACCGGGACGGCGAAGAACACGCGACGGGUCCUCUCUCGCUCCAUCCUUGGGACCGCGAACUCCCCCCAUGGUGUACGGCACCCUCUCAUUGGCUCGCCCCCGCCUUACCUCCGGGUUUCGCGGACGAACAAACUGGCUUGAAGGAGAUCCCAAAGGACCAACAAUACAACUGGCGAGCGGUGCCGACCCUCGCGUUUGCAGGAUCAGGGAACCACAUUCUUCCGUCCGCGACGACACCCUUGCUCAUCACAACCCACGUCUUCGUCGUCGCGGGUGACCGACCCUCCACGUGCGCGUUUCAAGACCCCGACUUCGACCACGUCUUCAAGAAACACAAGCGAGCGCCAACAGCUCUCACGACUCGCGACGUGCGCGGCCAAUUGCUCGGAUGCUGGAUACAGACGUCCACCGACCCUCUGGAGCCGCGCGGCGACGAACGGCCCGCCAAGCGUACGCGCAAGCAGGCAUCUUCGAAAAGACUAGGCAUCGCGUGGGGAUAUGAGCCCAGCACGCGUCGGCUGUACUGCGUCACCCCUGCGAACGAGGAAUUCGUCGUCGACCUGUCUGUCAAAGCUUCCGAGGCCUCUUCUUCCGACGGCGCCGAACGUCCCGAGGUCGUGUACUGCGAGUGGAUAGGACCGGUUGGCGUGAGAGCCGAGGGCGAACCCGCGGGCAGCAAACGCGAUACAUCUGACUUCGGUUAUGGGAACUACAGCGCUUGGCAGGAUAAGUUCCUUGACGAAAUCGAUAAACUCGGAGAAGGGGAUCAUCUCAAAAACUCGUAUCGCCACACCGACUGCUUAGUCGUCGGAGGUCUGGCCAUUGGUUCUCCUCGUCAAGGUCUGGAUCAUGUCAUAGAGGGACUCAAGACCGGCCCGUGGGUGGUAGCCCAGCUCGAACAAGAUGACGACGCGUAUUAUGAGAGCGACAAGAGUGCUGAAGGCAGUAACGCCGGAGGCGAGGUCGUCAAGCUCGUCUUGCAGCAUUCCCACAUCGUGGAGGAUGACCUCCAAGCCGUUCCCUGGGACGACUUGUUCUCGUUCACGACUAGAACGGGGGUCUGGUUCGUCUACAGUCUUUGUGAGUUAGAACGUAUCGCAGCGGAGUCGGCAGACUUCGGAGAAGCCCUGGGAUGCGUCGCCGAUUGGGUGAUCGAAUCCGAGAACAGGAUGCCGGGUGGAAUCGUCGUGCACGAAAUGGAGCUCGACGCCGGCUUCAAGGUCUUGGGAAAGAAGGUAGACGGUUUAUGGGUUCAGCUGAAGGUCAUCGGUUGA